GGGGACAAAGACUUCCACAGACAGAUACAGAUACAACUGGAGAGCCAACUACAGAUGCUCACAGGCUGCUGGGAAGAAGAGUCGGUCGGGCCUCAGUUGUGCGCCUCCAGUUCCCCAGAGCAAACCAAGUCGUUCCCGCCGGAAGAAAGUAAGGAAAGAAGAUCAAGAAAUGCGCAGCAGUGUGGUGAUUAGGCCACUGCUGGUGGUUCUGCUAUUGGGUCACCUGUCGUCUCCCGUUGAACCUGCUAACCUGCUGACCAGCUUUCUGCCGGCCUCCAUGCAGGCACUGGCCUAUUACAUAGACCUUCUCCAGUAUGAGCCACUUUCGAGCACAACGGUGGAGCCGCCUUUCAGUGCGGACGAUGGAGGAGAAUCCACCACAACCAGUGCACCCCCGCCAACAACGGCGAGGCCCACAAGAGCGAGGACUACUACCAGGCGACCGGGAUCUUCCUCCUCUGGCUGGUGGCAGCCACCGAGCUGGUGGGAGACUCCCCAAAGAACCACCACCACGGAGAAACCAAGUGCACCGCCCACUCCCCCGCAUCACCCCGCUAUUUUUGCACCGCCUUCCCAUUUAGAAGCCGCCAAAGUACUCGAGGGUCAUGACCUCUUCGGAGAGAUUGGCGAUGAUGCGGACUUUGACAAGCUGCCUCUAUCGUUGAUUCGCGACAUUCAAUCGGAAAACGAAGACUUCACCAACGAUGUUGAAUCGCUGGACAACUUUUUGCGGCUCUACGACGACAACUACGGACGGGCGGCAUUCGAUUUCGAGUCUGCGAUGGAUCGCUGGAGCAGUGCCUCCAUAGCGGGCAAGAAGAGAGUGCCACCCACCAAGCCCUACGUGGACUUUCUGCUGGUAUACGAUCUGCUGAAGCGAGACGCCAAGGCCAACAACCUCAGCAAGUACGAAGGAUACUCCGAGGACUUGCUCGAGCAGCUCCACGAACUGUCCCAAGCUUCGUCCGCCCGACAGCUACACACUCUCUUCCAGAGGAUGUUGCUGCGGGGUGAUAUCCAGCGAAGCGACGUAGUUUCCCGCGUCCAGGGCAUCAUCAAGGACCUGGGGAACCCGAACAGUCCCACCUCCAAGGCGUUGACUUACAUCCCCAGUAUGCAGUUUCUACCCUAAGAUCUUAGGAUAAGUCGCAAUAAAGUCGAGAAACGAGUGGACCUCAUAGUUCUGUGUGGAAUUUUUAAUGAUUUUACGGAUUGGGGCCAUCAA